UCUUCUCCAUUUCUUCAACUCCUAAAUAUCAACCACUUCCCAUUAACCUUCCUCUCAUUCACUUCUUCUUCUUCUUCUUCUUCUUCUUUGCAACCAUGGCUUCAUCAGAAUCUAAACAAAGCCCUUCAUCAUUCCAUUUCGAAACCCCUCUUCUCGACGCAGAAUCCCAUUCCCUUCUCCACUCAAUCUCCGAGCACGGUGGCUAUGCCUACGUCAGCAUGGCGGCUCUCGCGGCUGCCGGAGACAUACGCGCUGCCGAGGCCGCCGGAGAGAUGGCCUGGGAGCAGCUUCACUCCGGUCCCUGGCACUCUGUUCUCCCAAUCUGGCGUGAUGCCUACUCCAUGGCUUGCCUCUACAUGGCCAGGUUUCAUUUUGCUGGUGGAGAGUUUAAGGAGGCACUUAGGGUUUUGGAUAUGGGGUUGAUCAUGGGUGGUCCGCUUUUGAGAGAUGAUUUGGAUUCUGCCAUUGCUAAGGUCUCUGCUGAGGCGAGGAUUGUUAGGGUUUUGGAAGAUGGUCAAAUGGAGAGUUCGUUGGGUUGUGAGGAGCGUAAUAAGGAGGUUGCAUGGAAUUUGCCUGUAAAGGCUCUCACUAAUAAGAUGAUUGCAAAGAUGUCUGCGUUAUCUCUGGAGGGAUUCUUGCGUGAAUAUUUCCGACCAGGUUUCCCUGUUAUUAUUAAUGAUGGUAUGGCUCAUUGGCCAGCUAGGACAAAGUGGAAGAGCAUGGAUUACUUGCAAAAGGUUGCUGGUGACCGUACAAUUCCAGUUGAGGUUGGGAAGAACUAUUUACGCCCAGAAUGGAAACAAGAGCUUAUUACAUUUUCCGAAUUUCUUAGCAGGAUUCAGUCCAAUGAUCGUUCUGAUGAUAUUACAUAUCUUGCUCAACAUCCAUUAUUCGACCAGAUAAAUGAGCUCAGGAAGGACAUUUGUAUUCCUGAUUAUUGUUCCAUCGGUGGUGGAGAGUUAAGAUCUCUUAAUGCUUGGUUUGGCCCACCUGGGACAGUAACGCCUUUGCACCAUGAUCCUCAUCACAACAUAUUGGCUCAGGUUAUAGGAAAAAAGUACAUUAGGCUUUAUGAUGCGUCAUUGUCCGAGGAACUUUACCCAUACAAUGAAACUAUGCUUUGCAAUUCCAGCCAGGUUGAUCUAGAUGACAUAAACGAGAAAGAGUUUCCAAAGGUGAUGGACUUGGAAUUUGUGGACUGCAUUCUAGAGGAAGGUGAGAUGCUAUAUAUCCCACCAAAAUGGUGGCAUUAUGUUCGGUCCUUAACAACUAGCUUUUCUGUUAGCUUUUGGUGGAACAAUUGUGAUGAAAAUUCAACCUCUUCCUCAUCUUAAUGCCAUUUUGCCUCUCUCUCCCUUUCUCUCUUCUUUCUUUUUUUCCCCCUCUCAUUCUUUGUUUUGAUAUAGUAAGAACAUUGAGAAAACUAUAUUGGUAGCCUCUGAUGAUAUGAUAUAACCUUUCCUAUGCCCACACAAGAUGGUGCCUUUGAUUACUAGGAAUCGAUUUUUGUCAUAAUGUCAAUGUAGAUGAGUGUACUGAUUAAUGCACUUUUGAAACCCAUUGUUGCUUUUGAUGCAAUGGAAACCAUUUUGGCCUCAAUUAUUAUGUA